UGCUGGUACAGGCUCGGUAAAGUUUGGAACUAAAGCAUGGAGCCUAUGUUUUUAUAAAUUUUUCUCUAGCAUGCCUGCAGCACUGAAGUAUAGUAGCACUGCUCCUAAGAAGUUUUCUCUUCUUCGAAUUAAAGUUGGAUUUGGAACAAAUGAGCAUUUUAUCCAUCAUCGAUUGCUCUCUAGCAAGCCACCUAAAGGAUUUGAGAAAUACUUUCCCAAAAAUGAAGAGCCUGGAGUCAACAAAUCAGCAGCUGAACCUGAUGAAGUAAAAAACUCUGAGCCAGAGCCCCAUGGAAACAAAGGGGAGCAAAAUGAAGGAGGUGAAAGAAGAAAUGGAAGGAAAGGAGAUGAUAACAGCUGGUGGACCCGUUUCCAGAGGGGUGACUUCCCAUGGGACGAGAAGGACUUCCGGAAUAUUGCCAUUGCAGGGGCUGGAAUGCUGACAGCGUUCCUUUACUUCCACUUCAGGGAGACAGGGAAAGAGAUUUCUUGGAGGGAUUUUGUAAAUUACUACCUCGCUAGAGGACUGGUUGAUCGCCUUGAAGUCAUCAAUAAACAAUAUGUGAAAGUGAUUCCAGUGCCAGGAGUAAACACCUCAGAAGUGAAUUAUGUGUGGUUCAACAUUGGCAGUGUGGAAACAUUUGAACGGAACCUGGAGCUGGCGCAGCAGGAGAUGGGCAUGGAAGCUUCUCAUAGGCUUUCAGUCGUAUACAACACUGAGAGCGAUGGGUCUUUCUUGAUGAGCAUGUUACCUAGCCUCCUGCUAGUUGGCUUUUUACUCUUCACUCUGAGGCAGGGGCCAAUGGCAGGAGGGCGUGGGGGCAGAAGAAGCAACCCCUUCAGUAUGAGUGAGUCCACAGCUAAAAUCACUAGGGACAAUACCAAUGUCAAGUUCAAGGAUGUGGCAGGCUGUGAAGAGGCCAAGGUAGAGAUCUUGGAGUUUGUCAACUUUCUCAAGAACCCCAAACAGUACCAAGAUCUGGGGGCCAAAAUCCCAAAGGGUGCAGUGUUGUCAGGUCCGCCGGGCACAGGGAAGACCCUGCUUGCCAAAGCCACCGCUGGAGAAGCUAAUGUUCCUUUCAUCACAGUGAAUGGCUCUGAGUUUCAGGAGAUGUUUGUUGGUGUUGGGCCAGCCAGGGUGAGGGACAUGUUUUCUCUGGCCAGGAAGAAUGCUCCCUGCAUUCUCUUUAUUGAUGAGAUAGAUGCAGUGGGCAGGAAGAGAGGCAGAGGAAACUUUGGUGGACAGAGUGAGCAGGAGAACACGCUCAACCAGCUCCUGGUGGAGAUGGAUGGCUUUAACAGCAGCACUAAUGUGGUAGUGUUGGCCGGGACAAACCGUGUGGACAUCCUGGAUCCAGCUCUGAUGAGACCCGGCAGGUUCGACCGACAGAUCUAUAUUGGACCCCCUGAUAUCAAAGGUAGAGCUUCUAUCUUCAAAGUGCACUUGCGACCUCUUAAGCUUGACACCAGUGUGGAUUCAGAGGCCCUGGCCAGGAAGCUGGCUGCUCUUAGCCCUGGUUUUACUGGAGCUGACAUAGCCAAUGUCUGUAAUGAAGCAGCGCUUAUAGCAGCCAGGCACCUUGACCAGACCAUUAGCACUAAGCACUUUGAGCAAGCCAUUGAGAGAGUCAUCGGUGGCUUGGAGAAGAAGACCCAGGUCCUGCAGUCCAAUGAAAAGACCACUGUGGCCUACCACGAGGCAGGACAUGCUGUUGUAGGCUGGUUUUUGGAGCAUGCAGAUCCCCUUCUUAAGGUGUCCAUCAUUCCCCGGGGGAAAGGUUUGGGUUACGCGCAGUACCUUCCGAAGGAGCAGUACCUGUUCACAAAGGAGCAGCUGUUCGACAGGAUGUGCAUGAUGCUGGGGGGGCGCGUGGCGGAGCAAAUCUUCUUUGGCAAGGUCACCACAGGAGCACAGGAUGACCUAAAGAAGGUCACACAGUCUGCCUAUGCACAGAUUGUGCAGUUUGGGAUGAGUGACACGGUGGGACAAGUGUCAUUUGACCUUCCGCGGCCAGGUGACAUGGUCUUUGAGAAACCUUACAGCGAAGACACCGCCCAGCUCAUAGAUCAUGAAGUGCGUUCACUCAUCAACACGGCUUUUGAAAGGACACGGCAGCUGAUCACUGACAAACGCGACCUGGUGGAGCAGGUGGGGAGGCGUCUUCUGGAGAAGGAGGUGUUGGAUAAAACAGAUAUGCUGGAGCUGCUUGGUCCAAGGCCGUUUGAAGAGAAGUCUACUUAUGAGGAGUUCGUGGAGGGAACAGGCGGUUUUGAGGAAGACACAAGUCUACCUGAGGGUCUGAAGCACUGGAACCAGGAAAAGGGCGACUCCCAGCAGCAACAGCAGCAGCAGCGUAAAGAGGCCCUCUACCUUUAGACUGACAGUGGGGGCGGGCUGGCCCCGGCCCAGCAGGGUCAGCGUUAGAGAAGAAAGGAACGAAAAGUUCAUCCUCACCUCAGAUUCUAGAUGCAGUGCUGGAAGCUCAGAGGUUUCGAGUGGGGUGUUCUGCACCAACUCAGAGUGUGUGAUUCCUCACUUUUAAGUGAUUACGUUCAUUUUCUUUUAUAGAAAAUACAGAAAAUGUCCCCCUUCGAAAAAAAGAGUCUUUGAGCCCAGAAUUUCACAUGGAUGUGUGUCCGGUUAUGCCUUAGCUUCCCAUCAGGGAAGCGCAGAAGAGUCAAAGCAGUAUCCUGGGUCUUGACUACAUUAUGUCUGGAAUGCAGUAAGCCUCAGGAGAUGAUCGGCAUCGCAUCCUGUUGUUUUUCCAGUGCUCGGUUAUCACACAGUGUAGUAUUCCCUGGAGAUUCUUAAAGACAUAUGAUGUAAAUAUUUACUUUGAAGUGUCUUCUCUGGAACAUACAAUGCUGUGAAAAAAAAAAAAUGAAGUGCUUUCAUGCCGUACACUUCAGCUAAAACUGAUUGAGUACCACUUUCUGUCUCAGUCCUCUUGAAACAGUAUUUGAACCAGUGACCUUAGUGCAUUCCAGCUAACUGAUGCUGUUUAAUCACCAGAAUGUCACUCUAGGAUAAGGGAUUGUGACAUUUUUCCUUUCACUGUCUUGUGGUUCUGCAGCAAUAAUCGUCUUCUCCACAGACCUACAAAACCUACAAAAAUCUGUCUCUGAUUCUUAUAAGGUUUUAUGACUUCAUCAUCUGAACUCUAUUUUUUAAAUGGUGUGUGUCAGGUUUUGGGAGACAGAAACACGUGAAGAGUGCAGUGUAGCGAACAUAACGUAACGUGAGUGACUACUGCUUUUCUCUGCCUACAGUACUGUAUUUUCUUAACACUCUUUUUUUUUUGUCAACUCGGAGUUCUCUCAAGACAAGUAGUUGUCCUUUUCUGUGUCUUAUGUGCGUAUGCCUCAGCCACAGUUCUCUUUCCUCCUCUUUUUCAGUGCAAUAGUUUGUCACAUAUACUGUGUGCAGCUUUAUAAUUGACCCCAAUAUCUCUUCAGAGUCUCUCUUUGAACAACUCGUGCUGUGCUAAGCCAUGUUCUUCAUAGCAGCUCUCAUAGGAUCUAAUAGGAACUAGGACAUGCCUGUUAAUGGAUACCCAUGGCUAUGGGCCAAGCUAUAGGGAAGGGCUGUUACUAUUUUAGAAGGAGAUAUUGGGAGGCAGACUGGUCUGGAAGGUAUUUGCUGGGCAGUUGUGUGUGAACAUGACUUUUGUUUGGUUGGCAUACUUUUUCCUCUAGUAAUAUCUCUACCUCAUCAUAAUGGUCCAAUGCUCUGCCGUUAAUGUAAGCUAGUCAGUGGUAUUUACCUGGACACUUAUAUGCGUAUAGUUUUCUAAAUGCUUUUUGUAGGUCACAGAACUCACAAUGAAAUCGAUUCAGUCUGACUUUUUAUCCUCAUGUUUGUACAUUCCAAUGUUAAUAUGACCGGAGUUGUGAAGUGUGUAUGGCGUGUUCAGUGAUGUUUCGCAUGCUUUUCUGCAGAAGAACUUUUGGUCUGGAAUCAGAUGAUUGUAAUUCGGCCUUUGGUUUUUAAACAAGUUUUUACAGUGAUGACAGAGAUGGGACUGACUACAUUAAAGUUUUCAUUUUUUUCAUUGGACUUUUACAAAAGUCAACUGGAUUUGGUAACCUGUUACAAGUCAGAACCCCCAAAGGAGGUUUUUUGU